ACCCGUAGACAACACAAAGAUCUAUAAAUAUAACAAAUAAAGGCGUAUGCAGACCAAUAGAAAAUAACGGACUUAUAUACGCCUUGUCCAGAUAUGUGGAACAGUAGAAACGUUUACAUAUAUAAGGGACCGGAUCCUCCAAGAAUAUGUACAAUCUAUCUAGAAAUCUGAUGGGCCUAAACGUUCGGGACCAGUCCCUCACAACUCUUCAAGAUAGGGACCUUGAAAUGACUGACUACGAAAAAGGAGACGAGGAACAGCACAUACCUCCCGAAUAUAAAGCGCAGAGAAUAUGUACGUUUUUGUCCUGGGCAUUCGGAGCCCUGGUCCUCGCCUUGUCUGCUAUCAUCAUCUCCAGGAUUUCCACCGGUAGUUUAAGACCGGCCGCGAUAUAUAAUCUAGCACUGGGCGCACUUCAAAUAACUUGCAUCCUUGGUUUCGAUAUACGGCUUCCUAGACCAAGAUCGUUGAGCGACCCUCGGCCAUCUAUAGGGUCGUUGAUCCUCAUCGGGUUCAAAACGCUUGCCUGGGGUGCCGCGUUUGCGCUCAUGUUUGUUUAUUGCAAUGACUACGAUCAUGAUUCCGAUCCGACCUCAAAGCGCACGAAGCGCCGUUAUUACCGAAGCCAUGGCCCUGUCUCAACAAGAGCCAUUGCGAUUGCCUGCGGCUGUUUCGGAGUAUUGACUUUUAUGAUUAUGCUUGUGCUUUGGACUCCUGUCCUGUGGGCUUUUGUACAUCGAUAUACAACAAAGACGGAGGCUAAGAAGAUGUAUUCCACAUUGAUUGCGCGGAAAUACAACAAGGUGCAUGGAAACGAGAAUAGGGAAUAGGGAAAUGUAGAUAUCUUCAUUAGCUGAUCUUUCUCCAUCUUUAUCGAUACCCAUGGGUUGAUGCAGACCGGAUUCGUUGUCUCCAAGCUCCG